GUCGUCGCUUCCAUCCGAGGACUUGCAGCAGAACAGAAGGCGUCUCGGGCGUCCAUCGCCUGGAAAAUUGUUCUUACCUUGUCAUGCGGGGUCCUACUAGGCAUCAUCAUAAGUGCUGGUGUCAGUUCUCGGCCUGGAGUUAUUUAAUUUUGGAAAAGCCCUAAAGAAAGCCCUCGGAGGUGGUCUUAGUGGAGCUCUCGCCAUGGUGCUGCAGGUGUUUAUCUUCAUGCCGUUGCGUACCAUAAUGAACUAUCAGUAUCGGUUCGGAAAGCCCUUCUGGGUCGCGGCGACAACUCUCUUCGCUGAAGGAGGAUAUGGCCGUUAUUAUCAGGGGAUAAGUGCAGCGAUCAUUCAAGCCCCUGUAUCCCGGUUUGGGGACACUGCGUCGAAUACCUUCAUUUUCGCAGUUCUCAAAUCAAGUCCAACCCUAGACGCACUCCCAUCCCCCAUUAAGAGCUUCUUAGCUGCUAUUUUUACUGCCAUGUUCCGCAUAAUACUCACACCCAUCGACACUGCCAAGACAACUUUACAGGUACAAGGUGGGAAUGGCUGGAAGGUACUGAAAGUCCGAGUGCGAAUGUACGGGAUCGGUAGUUUAUGGUAUGGCGCUGUUGCGACUGCCGCCGCCACUGUUGUUGGAUACUUCCCUUGGUUCGGCGUCUACAAUCUCUUGGACGUCAAUCUUCCGCGGCAUCAUAAUUUUCACCAACUCCUCAUCCGACAAACUGCAAUUGGGUCCUGUGCCUCUCUUGCCUCAGAUACUGUUUCGAACUCUCUGCGGGUGGUCAAGACAUACCGACAAGUAAAUGAGACCCAAGUGUCAUACUCCGAAGCCGCCAAAGCCGUCAUCGCGAUCGACGGGUUGCGAGGGCUUUUCUUCCGUGGUCUCGGGACAAGAUUGUUAGCAAACGGGUGUCAAAGUAUCACGUUCAGUAUUUUGUGGAAACUGUUUAUGGAUCUGUGGAAUAAAAAUUCGCAAAGGCCCCUGGUAGAACUAUAAAACAACUGGAAUCCGACUUAAUUCAGUGAUUCGAUUCAAAAUGCAUUCCAAUGCCCAAACGUUGCGUGCUUUGAUAUAGAUGGAUUUCUUCAUCUAAACGGAUAGACGCUGAGCAUUAGGCUCGUCAAUUUUCACGAGGUUGCCCAGUAUAUAUAAAUCAUUUCUGAGUGACAGGGUUGUUUUCAGCUUCGAUCUGUGGCUCAAAGACUAGGGCCCAUGGUGUGCUUGCAGGUGGUAGGAUAGCUUCAUCAGGAAUCAAAUUAUCAUGCCUUUAUUAAGAG